AGAGGGGGGCGUAUUCAGACAUUUUCAGCCACCGCCACCAUGUUGAGCGUCGUCCUCUUCGCCCUCAUCGCUGCUGCUGUUGCAGACCCCUGCUGUACCCCCGACCAAUGGGAGGGCAACUUUGGCAGCAUCACGGGAACGGUCACCGACGGCAUGACUAAAACUAUAAAGGUGAACGGCAUGAUGGCAUACGACUUCAUCAACAAAGUGGUUGCCCAGACAACGGUUGUGACGGAAGGAUCCAUGAAGAUGCAGAACAAGACGAUCAUCAACUACAACACAAAAAUGAUGUACCUGAUCGACAUGACGAGAGACCUGUGCGAAGUAAAGUCCGUCGACCAGCCCAUGAUGCAGGCGUGUACUCCACAGGGUGCAACGGAGGCUGGGACCUUCUACUUCGGAGCUGGGGAUGACAAUAUGCUUGAUGCUACAUCCUACAAGUUCACCGUGAACACCAUGGGGAGCUAUCUGACCGUCACCAGUCUGGACUGUGUCCCCAUUACUUCCGUCACGUACGGUCAAGCUGGCAACACCGCCAUUAUGACGAGCGUUGGUUUCGUCGACAUCAUGCUUAAAAUCCAAGACCCCUCUGUGUUCGACCCCCCGGCUGCUUGUGACGAGGCAAAGAUGACACCCGGUGGAAACAAUGCCGUUCAUAGCUUCUUUGGUACCCCCACACAUCACCACUUGUAGCGGACACCCUGGCGCCCUCGAGACGUCACGUCAUCAUCGAUGAUUGGCGUUCGGCUGCAUCAAGAACUAGCCAUCGUAGUCCUGUUUGAGGCCAUUUAGUGUAUUGUGAUUUCAAAUUAAAAUUAAAAUAAAAGAAGUGCUGUUUUGUAUCCUUAGGGUGUCAGCUCAGCCUCAUUUGGAUCGAAAUCAAAAA